AUGGACUUACCUGGUUAUCACCCACAGCAGCCCCAGCCUCACGUCCACCACCCAGAGGAUCUGCUGCCUCUGGACGGAUCAACAACACCUCAGAACCUAAAGUCAGAAAAGGACAGUCGACCGGAGUCGGAGGAGAACUGCCCUGUUUGUGGAGACAGAGUGUCAGGAUACCACUAUGGACUUCUCACUUGUGAAAGUUGCAAGGGCUUCUUUAAGCGCUCAGUGCAGAACAACAAGCAUUACACCUGUGCAGACCAGCAGAGCUGCCCUGUGAACCUCUCCCAGAGGAAACGUUGUCCUUCCUGUCGCUUUCAGAAGUGUUUGGCGGUGGGCAUGAAGAGAGAAGCUGUGAGAGCAGAUCGAAUGAGAGGUGGCAGGAAUAAAUUUGGCCCUUUAUACCGGCGGGACAGGCAGAUGAAACAACGGAGGAUGUAUAACCAGGAACAAACGGCACCCAACAGGAUUAAGACAGAACCCGCACAAACACACUGUCCUCAUGCUCCAAGUGACUUUCACGGAAUCGGCAGUCAAACAAGUCUUCCGCCGUCUUCCGACGCUUCUCACCAUUACCACACGUAUCCCUCCGGCAUGGGGCACUCGAGUGAAUCUUUACCUCUGGACUGCAGUAUGAACACAGGGAGAGGGCUCACCCCUCCAUCCCUGCCCUACCCCGCACUCUACCACUGCACCUUGCCCGGAUACCCCCAGGAAAAAGGAGGAAUCCAUUCCAGCUGCAGUUCAGCUCCUGCAAACUACGCAGGCCAUUCAACCCAGAAUCAUCCAUUCACACCAAGAAGCACGCCAGCGUCGUCUCCCUGUUCCACACCAAGCUCUUCCACCGCGUUCUCUCAGGCCUUCUCUCAAGUCCCAGCCGCCUCUCCGUUGGCCACCGUCACACCCAGCUUCCUGGGCCAGCUCCUGGAGGGGGAGCAGGAUGAGAGCCAGCUGUGCGCCAAAGUCCUGGCCAGUCUGCAGAGGGAACAGGCCAACCGGGGCAAGCACGACCGCCUCAAUACGUUCAGCAUCAUGUGCAAAAUGGCCGACCAAACUCUGUUUGGGCUUGUGGAGUGGGCAAGAAAUAGCUCACUGUUUAAGGAGCUAAAGGUGGAGGACCAGAUGGUGUUGCUGCAGAGUUGCUGGAGUGAGCUUCUGGUUCUCGAUCACCUCUGCAGACAAGUGACAUAUGGCAAAGAGAGCUGUAUUUAUCUAGUCACAGGGCAACAGAUUGAGGUGUCAACCAUCCUUUCCCAAGCAGGGGCCACACUAAGCAGCCUGGUCUCAAGGACCCAGGACUUGGUGUCUAAAUUUAAGGCACUCCAGCUGGACAGACAUGAAUUUGUGUGUCUCAAAUACUUGGUGUUGUUCAAUCCUGAUGUGAAGUCGGUGCAGAGCCGCAGGCAGGUGGAGCAGACCCAGGAGAAGGUCAACAGGGCCCUCAUGGAGCAUACUCAGCAAUGUCACUCGGGACAAUCAGACAAAUUUGGUCAGCUGCUUCUCCGGCUCCCAGAAGUACGCAGCAUCAGCCUGCAGGUUGAGGAGUAUUUGUACCAGCGACACCUUCUGGGGGAUUUGCCCUGCAACUCUUUACUUUCAGAGAUGCUGCACACCAAGCACAACUAGCAGGAAGUUGCCACAUCUUCAACACCCAGCGCCAUCAUCAGUAGCGGCAGUUUGAUGGCGUCCACGUGUGCCUUCUUUUUU